AUGUCAUACAAACACCUUAGCAUUGAACGUAGAGGGGACGUCUUCAUCAUCACGCUGCAGAAGCCACCCCAGAACCGACUAAACGUCGAAGCUUGCCUUGAACUCAUACGAGCAUACCGCAGCAUCGAAUCCACCCUGGGCGAAGACACCUCUGGCGCCGUGAUUCUCAAAGGCUCCGACGAGAGAUAUUUCUGUACUGGCUUGGACCUCCACGAACGCGAUGUCAACCGUUUCGCCUCCAGUGAUGGUUUCUAUCCUCUGCUCGCCACGAUCCUCGAUUUCCCCUUCCCAACGAUCGCCCUUAUCACGGGCCACGUCUUCGGCGGCGCAUGUCUCCUUACUUUGGCUCACGACUAUCGCGUCAUGAACAGCAACAGAGGCUACUGGUCCAUGCCACCCGUCGACGCAGGUCUGCACCACCCUGGAAUGGGAUCUCUGCUCAACGCAAAGCUAAGGCCGGAGGUUAGGAGGAAGGUGCUCCUUGAGGCUUACAAGUAUAAGGCAAAGGAGGCUUUGGCGGACGGAAUCGUCGAUGUUGCAGAACCGCCGGAGAGGAUGUUGGAGGUGGCGCUGGAGUUGGCGGAGAAGUGGAAGGCGAAGGCGAAGAUGGGCGUGUAUGGGAUUCUGAGGAAUGAGUUGGUUGGGGAGGCGUUGAGGGCUUAUCAGAGUAUCAGCUAUAUUCAUCAUAAGGAGACGGCGAGGGAGGCGAAGGUUAAGUUGUGA